GUUGAACGAUGCAUGUCUCAAAGCGCUGCACAAAUUGCCACACAGCUCUUAUUGGUGCAACACACUUGUCUUCUCACUCACACAAGGUCCUCAUGAGCCCUCAGCCACAGCGGACAAAACGGACACACAUGCGACCAUCCACUGCUGCCCUCAUCAGUCCUCCCCUCCCCACCUUCUGAACUGUGCGAGUAGGCCAGUGCGUGCAGCGCUAUACUCAUCGACUCGCGCAAGUGAUAGUCGACAACGAGGGUGUGUUCCCUCCCACUUUCGUCUGCAUCAUGCUGCCUCGGCACUAUCGACACGACGCCCGUCCCACAAUGCACACUGGCGUGCAGGUACGACGGACCGUCCCCACACACGCUACCCCCGUCAAUCAGCUCGUAUGGCGCAACUACCCGUGGCUGGCCAUCGACAGCUUCAACACCAGCAGUGACAGUAGCCGCAGCAUCGUUCGCUGUGUCCUGACUGCCUUCCCACUCACGAAUGCUCUCUGCGGGGCUGACCAGAGGGAACUCGACGCGCACCGAGGAGCCGUCCCAUCCGUCGACUGAGUAGCCGCAGUGGGGCCUGAAGGUCGGCAGGGCAGAGGGGUGUCGCGGGAGCGACACGUCAGUGCCAUAGAUGGGGUCGUCCGCAAUGGGAUGGCCGAGCAGCUGCAGAUGAACACGGAUCUGCACAUGCGACAGAAAAGGGCAAAGAGGGAGAGCAAUCGCCUCCUUGUCUGGUGCAUCUGCUGCUGGGCACCACCCCCACGCACCUGGUGUGUCCUUCCCGUCACCUGCACGCAGUGCACGCCGACACGGCAACACACAUGGAUGGAUGGAUGGACCCAAUACAGCAGGUGCGCUUCAUGUCUUCCUUCUCACCGGUCUGCAUCGGACAAUGCUGUAUCCAUUACCGCCAGGCGACUCAGAAGGGACGUACGCAAGACGGCGAAAGCAUGUCACGGCAGCCUUGCCCUGCAGGCAUACACACAUCAGUCCAGUCCGUGAGACACUUACUUAGUGCCCCAUCAGACAGACCCCAUAUAUACAGCCACUCAUUCACCUCUGGGUGUAUCUCGGCCUCCAGUGGCAUGCCCGGCAGCAGCUGCAGCAGACGGAUGCGAGCACGGACACGAAUCUCGUCCUUCCCGGCGACCCGAGAUAUCUCCUGAAUGAACCAGAAGAGAAACACAAAGGAUGAGUAAGCGCCGAUUCACUCUCAGCGUUCACAUACCGGCUGUGGAUUGUUAUCGGAUGUGUCUGGGCAGGGCCGUUUCAUUCCCACUGAAGGUUCGUCGCGUGCGUUUGUGGCCGUGUCGUCAGCCUCGUGCUGAAAGCGGUCAGCCAAGGGAAACUCACCCACAACCUACACGCCCGAGACAAGCUUCUUUGUCUUGGGGCUUGUUUGGCCGUGCUGAUUGAUGUUGCCUGCUACGUACCUUGGCUAUGUAUAUCUUCUGGAUGCCUGGGGAGUCGCCCUCCUGCUGCAGCUGGGCAGACAGGUGACGCGCACAUGCAACUGGCACACACACCACGCCACCCAUAACAGUGGCCGACCAGCCGACCUUCUCCCACAUUGAAUGCCAGGUCACCCACCGUUUUUGGCGAGUAUGACGAUGCCUGAUGUGACUCUGUCGAGGCGAUUGAUGACGUGCAGGUAGGCCUCCGACACACCAUCCCUCCUCGCUGAACACAUGCGCACACAGAAACACGGCCACAGGAGCACUGCAGGCUUGUGUGUGUGUGCAUGUGGUCCAUUCUGCCCACCCAUCCACCGCUGCAGUAUCUUGAUGAGCGACAUCCGGCUGUACCGGCCUUGUGGGUGGCACCUGCUCAACGACAUGAAGAGAUGAACACAGACAACAACCAUCCAAGUCGGCCAAAGGCAGUCCGUGUGGUCGUCACUCACGGCAUGCCGGGCGGCUUGUAGACCACCAAACGAUCCGCAUCCUCAUGCACAACGCCGAUGCGCUCGCCACUGCCCACGCCCUACUUGAAUAUGGAACGACAUGACAGAAUGAAUGGGCAUCUUCCGGCCAUUGGACUCACCUCGAUAAAGUACAUGUGGUGGUCGAUGACGUCGCCGUUCUUCAGGACCGUGUCAGGGCUGCACCGACGGCCAUUCACCCGCAGUUGACCGUUCCGCAUCGCCCGCUUGUAGUAGGCAGCAUCACGCAUUCGAAACUCGCGGCACAUGACCUCCAACGCACUGCACAUACACACCAGCCAGUGCCAGCAAAGAUGCAUGAGAUCAAGGAUGGGAGGCUCUUGCGUGCUGCCUACUUCUGUUCUCUCCAUCUCAUCUUGACAUUGACAUGGAAUCUCAUAAGAUAAGGCGGCACACAUGCCACACUCUCGCUGCCAUCACUGACCUGCACCCUCACGAAGCCAUCCUCCACCUCAGUGUGGUGUUUUUGCUCCAUCUUCCCCUCCACUAUGUUGAGAAACCAAUCAGGCUAUAGCCGAGGUUAUCCAUCUGCGGGCCGACACAUCAUUUCCUCAACACACUAAGCGG